AUGCCAAUUGAUCAGGAAAAACUAGCCAAGCUGCAAAAGUUGUCUGCCACCAACAAAGUUGGUGGAACGCGCAGAAAGUUCACUAAAAAGACUGGAUCUGUUGCUGGUUCUAACAAGGAUGACACCAAACUGCAGGCACAAUUAGCCAAGCUACACGCCGUGACCAUGGACAAUGUUGAAGAAGCCAACUUUUUCAAGGACGAUGGUAAAGUGUUGCACUUCAACAGAGUUGGUGUUCAAACUGCUCCUCAGCACAACACUUCCGUUUUCUACGGUCUACCUCAAGAAAAAUCUUUGAACGAACUCUUCCCCAACAUCAUUCCUCAGUUGGGUGCUGAAUCCAUCAAUGCGUUGACCCAGCUUGCCUCUCAGCUUCAAGGUGCUCAAGCCGGUCAAGGUGAAGCCGGUGCUGCUAAGGGGGCUGAAAAUCAAGAUGCCGACAUCCCUGAGUUGGGUGAGCAAACUUUCGAAGCCGACGUCGAAUAA